CUGGACCGAAGUUUGUUAAAAGGAUAUUUGGUUGGAGGUGUGUUUAGGUAAAUUAAGCUAGUAACGGCGAAUCAGUUGUUGCGAUGAGAUAUUCCCGGCUUAGUUGUAGCUUUUCACGUUUUUGAAAUUUGGGAUUUGAAGAGGGACAAAACCCUAAUUUUAAUUGGCUCCAGUUUUAGGGGUAUUAUUAGGAAGGAAAAAAAUUGGUUGAUUGACGCAGAACCCUCUCAACAUAAAUGAUCGAUGUUUUGAAUCAGCCUUCAGACCAGCAGGUUCGCAUAUAAUUCUUCAGAGUAGGAAUUUUCUGGCAUUUGUAUUUUCUCUGCCUCCCAAUCGACUGAUACCAAUUCGGAGAGAAUAAUGUAAAUUUUGUAUUUGGGAUGUAGGAAUUGCCCUUUCUCUCAGAAAUGUUUGAUCUUAGCUGUUGCUAAAUUGUGGAAUUGCCUUAUUAGUUUAUUUAACCCGUUUAAUGUUGCAGGCAUAAUUGAUAAAAAUGUCUACAGUACCAAUUGACCCUCUAAAGCAACUUGAAACUACUUGCGGAGCUCUACUAUAUGAACUUCAGAUUAUAUGGGAUGAAGUUGGUGAGAAUGAAAAGGAAAGGGACAAAAUGCUGCUUGAGCUUGAAAGAGAAUGCCUAGAAGUUUACAGGAGAAAGGUGGAUCAGGCAAACAAGUGUAGGGCUCAGCUAAGGCAAGCCAUUGCUGAUGCAGAAGCUGAGCUAGCAGCUAUAUGCUCAGCGAUGGGAGAGCGACCAGUACAUAUUAGGCAGUCUGAUCAAACUCCUGGAAGUUUGAAGGAGGAACUCAAAGCCAUUUUACCACAAGUAGAGGAGAUGCGAAAGCGGAAAUCUGAAAGGAAGAAACAGUUUCUGGAAGUUUUAGAGCAGAUACAGAAGCUGAAGUGUGAAAUUUACCGGUCAACUGGAAAGACGUUUACAUUGAAUGAAUCUGAUUUGUCUGUGAGACAGCUUGAGGAAUUGCACAGUGAACUGCAGGCACUGCAAACAGAAAAGAGUGAACGUCUAAAGAAAGUACUAGACCACCUCAAUACUUUGCAUUCAUUGUGCUUGGUGCUUGGUUUGGAUUUCAAACAAACUGUUGUCGAGGUUCAUCCAAGUUUAGGAGAGUCUGAAGGGUCACAAGAUAUAAGUGACACUACCAUUGAACAGCUAGCUGCUGCUAUACAAAGAUUGCGAGAGACCAAGUUACAGAGGAUGCAGAGGCUACAAGACCUUGCAACAUCAAUGCUGGAACUGUGGAACUUGAUGGACACACCUAUAGAAGAGCAACAAACCUUUCAGAAUGUCACGGCUAACAUAGCUGCUUCUGAGGAUGAAGUAACAGAACCUAACAUGUUAUCUGCAGAUUUCAUCAAUUACAUCGAAGCAGAAGUUUCCAGGUUGGAAGAACUAAAAGCAAGUAAAAUGAAAGAGCUUGUGCUAAAGAAGAGGUUUGAGCUCGAGGAGAUCUGUAGGAAAACACACAUGGUUCCUGAAUCAGAUGGUGCACUAGAUGUUGCUAUUGAAGCUAUUGAAUCUGGUGCUCUUGAUGCUGCAAGCGUGCUAGAACAAAUGGAGAUGCAGAUAUCUAAAGUGAAAGAAGUUGCUUUCUGCCGGAAAGAAAUUCUUGAAAAGGUGGAGAAGUGGAUGGCAGCAUGUGAAGAAGAGUGCUGGCUUGAGGAAUAUAACAGGGAUGAUAAUCGUUAUAAUGCUGGAAGAGGGGCCCAUCUAACCCUCAAGCGAGCAGAGAAAGCUCGGGCAUUGGUUAACAAACUUCCAGCAAUGGUGGAGGCAUUAGCUGCAAAAACUACUGCCUGGGAAAAUGAGAGAGGAACUGAAUUCACUUAUGAUGGAAUUCGUCUUCUUUCUAUGCUGGAGGAAUAUACUAUUUUACGCCAAGAGAAAGAAAUGGAGCGCAAACGGCAGAGGGACCAAAAGAAAUUACAGGGACAGUUAAUUGCCGAGCAGGAGGCGCUAUAUGGUUCAAAACCUAGCCCUAUGAAAUGCCAGAGUGGGAAGAAAGGUCCAAGACUCUCAUGUGGUGGAGCAAGCAAUCGUAGACUUUCCCUUGGAGUUGGUGCAACAAUGUUGCCAGCUCCAAAGUCAGAUUUCUUUCACCCUCCAAAAGCCACGCCUAAUACCCGACAGGCUAAGAAAAAUGACCGUGUGCAUCUUAAUGAUCACUCAAACUUCAGAGACGAUGGACCUGCUGCUUUAUCUGCUGGAAGGAGAGGCUUGGAUAUUGCUGGUCUUCCGGUGAAAAAGCACUCAUUUGGAGCUGUCAAUUUACACGAAGUGGAGUCAUCACCCAUCAUUCGAAAGCCCUUCUCGCCCAUUUCUUCCACAGAUUCAUCCAAGUCCAAUGCAGUAAACAUUUUAGAAGAUCUGAACAGGAAACAAAGUGAGAUGUUCCAGAAAACACUUACAAGCAACACCACAGUAUUUACUACACCCACCAAGACGAUUUCUUCAAUGGAGGAAGAGAACAGAACCCCCAAACCAAUGGUGACUCCUCUGCCCUCUACACCUGCCACUACCAUAUCAGUAGUUCCCAUGCAAACAGCUAUGACACCAGCACCACCAUCUUCCCUGGCGCUUGCUUCAAACUACAAGCCAGCUGACGACAUCCCAGAACCAAUCGAGUACUCGUUUGAAGAGCGUAGAGCCGGAUUUUUCCUUCCAAAAGCUCCUCUAAACUCUACUGUACAAGUUUGAGGGGAAGCAGAAUUGAUAGGAGUGAGACAUAAGUAGAAUGCAGCCGCCUCAAUUCAUUUUCAGUUUGGAUUCGUUUUACAUUGUGAUACUAGUUCACUGACGUCCUGACAAGUCAAUUCUAUUGGCUUCUAAAAAAUGUAUGUGCAUGGUCCACGUGUACUCAUUUUGUGUUCUAGUAUCUUAACUGAACUAAUAUAUAUAUAUAUAUAUAUAUAUA